UCAACCUGACUGGUUGAAACCUUUUGUAACGGUCGUUUUGAAUUUUGACAUUUCCUUUCCAUCCGUUGUCAGUUGUCUUCGUUGAAUCAAAAAUUUAUUUUUCCAGUUGUUGACAACUGAAAUACCAUGUCUUUUCCAGCUAUAGAAAAGGUGCUUACGCAGCUUGAGGCGAUGGAGAGGCAAGUUCUCUCCGACAAUAUUUACAAACAAGUUCAAACACUUGUCAAAAUUUUGCCUGAUGCCAUUGAUGAGAUAAAACGACACAAGAAAUCAAAAGAGUUCAAACCUUUCAACAACAAGACUAAACUAUGUGCGAGUCAGUUAAACAAAACACUCCCUUUGCUCAUAUCGGUUGUUACGAACAAUGGCGUUAAUCCAUCAUUUAGGGAAAUCAUGGAGUUCCUGACUGAAAAGAUACGUUGGUGUCUCCUCGAAGUCUUAAGGGUUUUUCGCGGCAGCUCGUGCGAUUCUGACAGGGAGCCGAGCGGGAUUUUUGUCAGUUCGAUGGACUACGCGAUAAAUCACAUUCAAAAUGAUGAGCCGAUUGACGAUCGCUUCAAAAAUCUACUCGACGACCUUUUAUGUCAGUCCUUGACCAUCGCAAAACUGUCAUCAAAUACAGAUUAUCAAGAGAUAGCCGUCAGUUGUAAAAAUGUUUUAGUUAAGUUCUCAGCAAUGAGGUCAAACAAAGAGAAACUAACAAUUAAAAGCUUAAAAAAAGAAUUGUUACUUUCUUCCCUGGAAAAUCUUGAAAGGAAAGUAAACACUGCGGUAUUAAGGAUGUAUCUUCAUGUAAUGUCAGAAUCAUGUGCACCCAUUAAAACAUUUACAACCAAAUGUCUGGGUAAAAAAUUGACGCCAAGACAGCCAAGUGACUUGAAUGCUGAUAUUAUUCAAAUGGACCAUUAUUGCGAUCAAAUUCAGACGAUUGGCAAUUUUGCCGUUGCCUGCACAGAAAGUUUUAACAUGAAGCUGAAGGUCCAAUGCUGCCUUGCAAGUUUAGAGUUCAUCGAGAAUUAUUUUGUGCCGACUGCGACAGCAUUUUACAUGGAUUCGACUAGCAUUGUUAAGCGAAAUUUCUUCAAAUUUCUCGCCGAGGAGAGUCAAAAGGAGCUCAAAACACUUCAAGGGCUACUCGACAACAUUGUCGACUCAUCCGCUUUUGCUCAAGUCGUCCACGACGAUUUGACCACCUUAUCUCAACAGAUUAAAGACAGCAUUUUGGACGGUAUUUACAAUAAAAAGGAUGCAGAAACAUUCCUCUUCAGGUGUUUUAGGCUGAUUAAACACCUGCACACGACCGACGAUCGGUUAGUUCAAGACGAUCCGAAAAUAAAGGAAGCAUCGAACGAACUUGAAAAAUCAUUGUUCACACUGCAAUACAAAAUACAAGUGAAUCUUUUCAAUCAACCCAGCAUGCAGAAUUUAGUUGCAGAAAUAGAAUUAAUAUUGUUUUGUGUAAACAAAAUAACACAAGCACUAAAUAUUACUAACAGUUUUUCAUUUUCCUUCAGCUCUGCAUCAAGAGGCUUAAGGAACCAAGUCAUGGAUGAUAAUACUGGAUCAGAUACGAAUAUGAAUUCCCUCGAACCGUAUCUCAUCCGAGUAGCAGAAACUCCAAGGAAACUAACAUUGUUUGCAAAAACUCCAAGCAAGUUUACACCUUGCCAACCUAAAAUUGAUAAAUAUUCUUCUUACAAUGUUACAGACGUUUUAGAGCAACUUUCUGGUCUGUCUGACACCUUUUUUGAAAUAGAUCGAUCUGGAUGGAAGCCAAAUCAGGUGCGCCUAGCUGAAGCUUUUGGACUCGUGAAAGAGAUGAACAACGAAGAUGACAGCCUUAAAACAUCCAAUAGUGAAAACUACGAUACCGCUUAUCGGCUGGAAGAUCUUGAAUUUCUCGAUAACAAAAUAACUGACUUAAGAGUCAAUUAAACAUCAACUUUUCUAGUCAUAAAUUUUCUACAGAUUGUUAGAAGUUCAUGGAAAAUGGACUUUCACGAGUGGCAAAUUUUCCCUUUUAACGGUCCUUUCAUUGAAUGUCGUUCCUCUCUGUUUUGAUAAUAAAAUAUUUUUGUUAUUGCUUA